AAUAGCCAAAAAUAUAAAACUCGAUUUGGAAAUUGAAAAAACCCCGAUUAAAUAAAAUUCGUGAAAGCAAAAAACCGAAUUCAAGCCCGAGUUGCCAUUGCAAAGCAAGACAGGAACACAGCAACAACAAGCGUACAGCAACACUUUUAUACGUUUCCAAAAGAAGAGAACACUGUUUUUGCAACUCAACACAGCCAUGAGGCCAUCGGAGUCGCCAAGGAGCUAAAACAGAAAUAAUAGCAACGCCCGUGACAACAAAUACAACACACACACACAACAUACGAUAUCAUCAUUACUGCUGAUUUUAUAGUCACCGACCAUUCAAAUAUCAGCGAGUAUUUUGAGUAAUAAAUCGUGCAUUACGCCAACACUAAGAAAAACGCACUGUGUAACAAUUUUCAGCUCGCAAGAGUAACAACAACAACAAGGGGCACCACUGUAUCAGCUUCAUUUGGAAGCUUGAAAGUAGAAUUGAGCGAGUGAGCAGUACUGUCAGUGGGGUGCGUCUUUCGUCCGAUACGAUCAACUCGAAUCACUGCUGCUUUAACGACUGCAGACAGUAUUAGCAAAGCGAUCAGUACACUUUCGCUUUUCGACAUAGCCUACAUAUAUUGAUAGCAGCUCCACCCCUCCGCAAACAUGAUGUUUCAGAGCGACUUCCAUAGAAAGAAAAAUUUCGCUAAUCCUAAUUUGUUCAAUAAUUCCACUGCUGCGGAAAAGCCAACAUCUCCUCAGCAACCAACACCUGCAAGCGGCCGUCCUGAUGCCAAAGAGGAAACCAAGGAGCAAGAAGAAGUGCGUACAGAGCAUCUUUUUAAGCACCCGCUGCAGAAUACCUGGACUCUUUGGUACUUGGAGAACGACCGCUCCAAAUCAUGGGAAGACAUGCAAAACGAAAUAACCAGCUUUGACACAGUUGAAGACUUCUGGAGCCUCUACAACCACAUCAAGCCGCCAUCUGAUAUCAAAUUGGGCAGUGAUUACUCGUUAUUCAAGAAAGGAAUCAGACCGAUGUGGGAAGAUGCUGGCAACAAACAAGGCGGUCGUUGGGUGAUUACACUAAAUAAGACUUCCAAGGCAGAUUUGGAUAAUUUGUGGCUUGAUGUUCUCCUUUGCCUAAUUGGUGAAGCGUUUGAGCAUUCAGAUGAGGUUUGCGGUGCUGUGGUCAACAUUCGUGGAAAGAACAAUAAAAUUUCUAUUUGGACAGCUAAUGGCAAUAAUGAGGAAGCAGCACUAGAAAUCGGAAAUAAACUGAGAGAAGCCCUGCGUUUGGGUCGUCAAAAUUUGCAUUAUCAGCUGCACAAGGACACAAUGGUUAAAACGGGUUCGAAUGUCAAAUCGGUUUAUACUCUCUAAAAAGUUUACGUACGCGCUUGUGUAGAUUUAGCUAACCACACCUCGAUACAUUUACAUACACACGCGCUGACAACAUCGUUUGAUCGAGUUAAGAAAUUUAUAUUGUACUAAGCCUACAUUUCUAAAAAGUGAAUUCAGAAAAUCGAAGACUACCAAAAAAAAAUUACAUUACUAAAACCAACCCACACAUUAAUCGUUGCAUAUGAGCGUCGCUAACGCUUACUUACCGGAUUUCAUGAACAUGACAAUUCGAAUUUGUAGCCGUUCCGACGCCGUUAAAAGAAUUUAUUCAAUUGUAGCUGCAUAUGCAAGAAAGGAGUAAAUGGAAUUAAAACCCACACAUCGUAAAGCAAACUUCAAAAUAAUACAUAUGCAACAUAAAUUAUACAAGAAAUCAUUGUUAAAUGAAGAUACAAAUUUGUUUUACUGUAGGAAAGAUCGCAGCAGAAAUAUAUACGAGACUGCAAAUGACUGCUUGCUCCAGGCAAAUUAAUGACGAAACAAUGUAGACGACUGUUAAUAGAAUUAGUUCGAAUUUAAAAAAAAAAAUAAGAAGUGUUGAGACUGCAAAGCAGGUCUUUCAGCUAAAUGUGCAUCAAACAUGAAACUUUUAAGAAACGAAAACGUCUAUCGUCAUUAUUUACUGAAAACGGCCUGGUUCGCAUACAAUUGUAGUCAGUAUCGAAUCCUAUGCGUGUUAUAAUGUAAACGAUAUGGAAUUAAACUAAUAAAUUUGAUAAAACAUA